AUGUCGACAGGCGACGGCAGUAUAUCAGACUUCUUCAAGACUCUGGUCGACCAUGAGGUCACCGUCGAGCUCAAGAACGACAUCCAGAUCCGGGGGACUUUGAAAUCGGUGGACCAAUACCUGAACAUCAAGCUGGACAAUAUCUCGGUGGUGGAGGAUCUCAAGUAUCCCCAUCUGUCUUCCGUCAAGAAUGUUUUCAUCAGAGGCAGCGUAGUCCGAUAUGUACACCUGCCAGGCUCCGCGGUAGAUACGGCACUGCUGGAGGAUGCAACACGUAGAGAAGCUGCAAACCAGGCUGGCAAAGUGGCUAAGUGA